CUGGCGGUAGUGCGUGGUACGUCGUCGCCUUGAUCGGUGUUGCUCGCUCGCUCGCUCUCGCUCGUUCUUCUGCAGUGUUGAUACAGUGUAUCGUACAUACAUAUUGUACACACGGUGCGGUGCGCGUCCCAAUUGAUGUGUUUCGUCGAUAUCCCGUCCGACGAGAGUGUGCGGCCGGCCGCGACGUAGUUCGCGCGUAUCCUCGCGGCUUGUCUCGUUUGAAUUCUUUUGCGAGCGGCAAGCUCGAGGACGGUUUAUACGACGGUGCUUGCGACGACUUGCUUGUGACGGUUCACUUGAGCGAGCGAGUUCAGCACGCACUGAGCGACACGCACACCACGUCCGCGUCUCGUCCUCGUCGUCUCAUCCCCGACGACUGUCCACAAUCUAAUUGGCGGUCUCGUCUGGUCCUCUCGCGUUUCCUUCGCCGAGCUGACUGUGAAAGUGCAUGCUGCCGUAGGAAGGUGCGACAAACAGCGGACUUCUGUGCUUCGCGGCCACGGAGGAUGUUGGAUCGCGACACGGCGAUACAUCUCGUCGCCGGAGGUGUGGCUGGCACGGCAGGAGCGAUAGUGACUUGUCCCCUGGAAGUAGUAAAGACCCGACUGCAAUCCUCGUCUUCUGGCUUCCAUCCGCCACCGCUGAACAAAGAAUUCACGUCUGGUCACUCCACGUGCAGGAGUUCGCCUACACCCGAACAACGCAGAAGGCUAUGCACCGGCUUGUAUCCGCGGUACUCCAGUCACUUCGUAGCCCUUUCGCACUUUGGCGUCUCGAGCCCGCCGCCGCAGUCUCGACACGCGCCAGGUAUCUAUGAGUGUAUACGGUAUAUUAUCAAACAUGAGGGGGCCCGGGGACUAUUCAAAGGUCUCGGGCCGAAUCUCAUCGGCGUGGCACCAUCUAGAGCGAUCUACUUUUGCGCCUACUCCAAGAGCAAAGUCGCAUUCAAUGCGAUCCUACCUCCCGAUACUCCGAUCGUCCAUGUCUUCUCUGCGUCCUGUGCUGGUUUCACGGCGUGUACAUUGACAAAUCCAAUUUGGUUCGUAAAGACCAGACUACAGCUAGACCAUCGAACGAAUAAAAUCACUGCGAUAGAAUGUAUGCGGAGGAUAUAUCAACAAUCGGGUAUCCUGGGAUUUUACAAAGGUAUCGUGGCGUCCUACGUAGGCAUAAGCGAGACUGUGAUACACUUUGUGAUAUACGAGGCAGUGAAGUCGUGGCUGGCCACACACGGGUCGCGAGCCACGAGGUCGGACGACCGGAAAACCUUCCGGGAUUUCAUCGAAUUCAUGGGAGCCGGAUCGUUCUCGAAAACGAUAGCGUCUAUCAUCGCGUAUCCUCACGAAGUCGCAAGAACCCGAUUGCGGGAGGAGGGCAGUAAAUACCGCACCUUCUGGCAGACCCUGAGCACUGUGUCCGCGGAGGAGGGCGUGAGGGGUCUGUAUCGUGGUCUCGGCACCCAGCUGAUUCGCCAGAUCCCAAACACUGCGAUCAUAAUGGCGACCUACGAGGCGGUGGUGUAUGUGUUGACCCGGCACUUUCGCCCGGUAACGGUAUCGUGUAGUGCCGGCGCUACCACGACGCAGUUCUACGGCGAGACUAAAACGAAGAGGGAACUGGCCUAGGACCUGCUCACGGCCCCCGAGUAAUGGGCCCCGCCGUUCCCCUUCUGCGUUAGGCGAAUAUCGCACGCUUGGGGCAUCGUCUAACACACGUCUGAGUAAGAUCAGUCACACGUCUAAUUAGACGCAUCGAGAGAGAUAAAGCGAAUGACAAAGAGAAGGAGAGGGAAGGGGGCAUGAGAGUGAGAUGCAGGAAGAGCUGGAUGCCGGGGAAACGCGCUUGUGGUAUCCUGACCGUUGCUCCGGGGCUAGUCAGAAAGGUGCUGUGCGCCAAAGGUGUUGAUUGCGCACUGUGCUUUAAAAGUGUAGCAAAAAGUAGUCGUCCUUCCUCCUUUCAGGUAACGUAUAUAAGAAAGAGAAAGAUAGAGGGUGGGAAAAAGAGUGAGAGAGAGAAAAGAAAAAGAAAGAGUUAUGAGGAAAGAGGCGUUUGAUUAAUAUUGAAUAAACAGGCAGACCUGAGAGACCUGAAACUUCGCUUCUCACGAAAACGUGAAUACUCACGUGCACACGUGAGAGCCGGGAAGAAAAGAGAGCUUGUGUUAUUACGUAAAAAGCUUAUUCAAAGCAAAAAUGUCCCUCGCUCCGGAAACGAGACUCGUUGUGUCGAGAGUGCCGUUGCACAAGAUUUGCUGUAAAAUAUGUAAUAGUCACCGUAAACUUCGGCUUCUCGGCGAGUCUGGCUUCCGAUGUUCCCAUUUCACGAUUUGCGGCUUCUCGCUGUGCACCCCGUGUGUUGUCUUUCUCCCCAGUUUUUCUUUAUAAGAGACGUCGAAAACAAGGGAAAGCAAAACUUUUGCGCAAUCGAUUUGUGGAAUGAGUACUAUUCAUUAUUACAGUGCUUUCUAGAGUAACAAGUAUAAUGAAAGGUGAUUUCGUUUGGAUUUUUCGGAAGCAACAUUCAGAAUUUGUGGGUCGUUUCGAAUCUAAUUGCUAUGGUUUUCUAGAACGAUUUUAACUGGCUCUUGUCGUAAAUGGAACAUCGUAAAUCAUCCACUUUUUGAAGGCUUCGACACUUCCCUAAUUGCUAUAGAUUUUAGUGAAAGUCGUUAUUUGCGUGUCACAGAAUCGUCUAGGUUCCGAUAUCGAGUCUCACGAGGAUUUCAUUUUCUAUUUUAUUUCAUCUUGAAGCAAUAUGGAUAUUAGAAUUUUAAAUUUUCAAUAGUACACGCGUACAAUGUUACCAGAUAUGAUACAUACAUUUGAAACGUCAACGCAUUUUUCAACGUAUAUAAUAUAUAUUUGUAGUUGAACCGAUGAUAAAUUGGAAAAUUUUAUGAUAAAUAUUUUAAAUGUAGUCAUGAUAGGUGUAUAGAUGUGUAUCAUGACAGACUAUGUUUGUGAUUCUUUCAAUUUGUUUGUUUGUUUUAAGGAGACUGAAGACGAUAAGACUUAAGCAUUUAUCGUUAUCCAUGCAAUAUGAAUUUAUAUUUGUUUUACAAUGAUGCAUUGUAAAAUAAAUAUAAGUACAUUUUGGGCACCAACAACAGUCUGACUCUUAUCGUCGUUAGUUUCCCUACGAGUUUAAUCUAGAAUCUUAUAACAGUUUAAUUUGUUUGUGUCUGUUACAUUGACACAUUUUGUUUGAUCGAGUUGUGUAUAUAAUAUACAUUUUAUGAAGGUUUGCUAUAGGUUAAACUUCAAUUCGUUACGGUGAUAUAGUUCUGUUUGAUUCGUAUUCUUUACAUAAUGCGACUCCGCUAUAUUUUUUCUUACAUACUUUAACGAUCAGCCGGAGUAAAUUUUCCAUUUUUGCAGUUCCGAUUUUGUAGCAUGAUCCGUCGAAAUGUCAUUAAUAUAACGCAAUAAAUAGUCCUUGUCAGGCUGUUGUACAUUUUGAUGCAACUUGCUCUUAGACGAAGUCUCAAAAAGAAAAAAAGUACGAAGACAUUAUACUUAAUAUGUAAAUUAUACAAAUUGCACAUAUAGACGGAAAAACAGCGAUCUCUACGUUAGAAUAUCCACCCAAGGACUAUAGCGGGGAUUAAACAGUCUGAUAGUUUCGACUUUAUUUAUAUAGAAAGAUAUGCGUGUGUACAUAUCGAACUGUAGACUCUAGCUGUAAAUCUACGAGCGUUUGUACAUGUUCCAUUAGUUAGCUGUACGCAAACUGUAUCGCAUAGUACUAUCUUCGAGAGGAACGAAAGAAAUAUUACGAAAACGCGAGAACAUCGUCGUUAUACUUACGUUUCUUACAGAUCUGUCAUUGGGACAUACGAGAUACCUUAUACUUUGAUCACAAUUCGUCUCGUACGAUACCACACACGUGGCUGGAAAAGCAAGAAUGUUGAUUUAAAGAUUCUUAUAGGGAUUAUCACCCGAAAAAAAAAACGUCAAGCUUUUCAUUCUUUUUCGCGCGGGUAUUGCAUGAUCAUAAGAAAAAUUUCUCUCGGUUUAUCUAAAUUCUAUUUUCAUCUUUAGUUCUCUCUUUUAAUUUUUUUUUCAUUUUAUUUUAUUUCGCAGUUGAGAAAAACACAAUAAAACAAUGCUUUCUUAAAAACAAUUAACGACACAAUCAUAUUUAUAAAUACGUGCCACUUUCUCUUGCUCGUACAUUCUUCCAAGAUGGUUUUAUUAAGUGACAGUUAUUUCGUAUUUGUUCUUACGUUGAUGUAACAUCUUCAAACGUCGAUCGUACAUAUUUCUAUUUGGUCAGUCGAUUUCUUUCAAUUUGCUUAACCAGGUCUUGCAUAUACCUCAACACUGUAACUAGAGUUACUUGUACGAUUGUCGACCUUACACAUAGGUGCAUGAAGAUUAUUGGAAACCUUAGUAAAUAAGUGUUAAGGCUUAUAUGACGCCUGGGUUUCGAUCGAGAAAUCGUCAUAAAUUGCUCUAAUUAAUACAUCAGCAGGAAUUUCAUUGGUUAUUUAGAAAGAAUUUUUCUUUGUACUGUAUGUAAUGGAGCUGUGAUUGUAUUAUUUUCCUUCUAUGAAGUGGAGCUCUUGGUGCUUAGCCAAAGAUUUGCAAUGCGACUGGCCUUACGACGUUUAUAUAGGGAUAUCACGGAAGUCGUACAAGUUAGAGUUCGAAAUACUAAGUGCACUAGGCUUAACAUUAUAACUAAAAUUACUUGUACGAUUUUCAAUUUCACGUGUAUAUACGUAAAGUUAAAAAUCGUAUGGAAUUUUAGUAAGUAAGCGUAAGACAUGUAUAACGCCUGGUGUACAUUCAGUACUACAACCGCUCAGUGAUCAACCACUCUUAGAUCUGGUUGGUAUAUACUUUCAGAUUUGAUUCUGAUUUAAAAGUACAAACUGUAAUCAGAUCCAAAAGUUUAAUAAGUAGUGAUGUACAGGAUGGUCCCUAUAAGUAAUUGUUAGUAAGAUCAAUAUAUAAAUUGAUUUUCUUUCAAAAUCAACUGGCGUUUGAAAAAAGUAUGCAACUUCUGGAACAGCGUGUAUAAUUGAUAUAUUAACUGUUAACCAUCUUGUUGAGAUUUUAUCACAAGGCCAUUAUCACUUGUAAAUGUACGUGCGAGGGAUACGGUUUCUAAGUGCCAGGCUGUUGUUAUUAUAGUCAUGCAUAGUUAUACCAUAGAAAUAUCCUACAUAUUUUAAAGAAUCACAAAAAAGUCUGGGAACCAGAUGCCAAGUUGUAAAUCGUGUACAGAUAUUAAAUAGAGAGAGAGAGAGAGAGAGAGAGAGAGAGAGAGAGAGAGAAAGAAAAAGGAGGCGUGAGAAAGAGAAAGAGAGAAAGUCGUUAUGAAAUAAGCGAUAAUUUUUUUUACAAAGUCGAAAAUAAGAAGUGGCAAAGAAAGAAAAGAGAGCGAAAAUAAAAGAAAAAGGAAGAGAAUAUUUCGUGUAUCUACGAGAAGCGAGCGUUUCGUUAAAGAAGACUGAUGUUGUACAAUUACUUAGCGUACCCUGAGAAAAUUAAUGCGUAUACAAUUAUGUAAAUAUAUAUUACGGUGAUAGUAAUUAAUCGAUGUUUUCGUAAAUUCAUCGGCGAUUUAGUAGGAUCGAGCUAUGAUUGUAACAAAUGUUUGAAAUUGGAACACUUAUUAAUGUUUUGUACAUUGAAGCAUUUAUCUUGCACGCUUAAUUUCUUAAAAUUAUCGGUAGUUUGUUGAAAUAACUGUGCGAAGAAUAAUUUAAAAUUCUUAACUUGAUAUGAUUCUACCGAAAUUGUGGUGCAAUAAUUCCAUAGAAUUGUUUUCAUAGAAUCGAAAUUUUCAUAAAAUCAUUGUAUUAAGUACUCUCACCGCAAUACGUACAAUCUUGCGAUACCCUGUAAAACAGCUGUAAUGUAUGGAUAAAAAUAAAAUUUAUGUGUAUAUUAAA